UGCAGAAACGAGUCGAAGGUGGAAGUAAGAUUAGCUUCGAUGGCUAGUUAGAUUUCGUGAGUAAUUCAUUCGGCAUGAAAAGAAAUUUGUAUUUUUUGCUAAUAGUAAAGCUAAACGUUACAUGUUGGUGUUAGCAGGCAUAGCGUCAGCCACACAUUUUAGCAGUAAGGUGACUGCUGAGGUAGAUAUCCACUUUCCUCUGGGCAUUAUAUGUGACGUUAGCUAACGGUAGCAGCACAGGCAGCGGUCUCUGCUCUACGUGUAGCCACUCAACUUCUCUGACAGGAGCUGUCUUUUUACGGACUGUGUCGAUUUCCUUAUAAACAUGCCUAUUCAGCUCACAAGCCAGGCUUACUGUAAACUGGUUUUACAUGCUGCCAAGUAUCCCCACUGCGCCGUUAAUGGAUUACUGGUGGCAGAAAAAACGAAGGAGAAAAAGAAAGACAGCCACAGUGAACCAGUCUUGUGUGUGGACUGUGUGCCGCUGUUUCACGGUACUCUUGCUCUGGCACCAAUGCUAGAAGUAGCUUUGAAACUGAUCGAUACUUGGUGUAAAGAAAAUAACUACGUCAUCGCUGCAUAUUAUCAAGCCAAUGAACGCACAAAGGAUUCAAGACCCAACCAAGUUGCAGAAAAAGUGGCUGCCAGAAUCUCUGAGAACUUCAGUGAUGCAGCAAUUGUUAUGCUGGACAACAGUAGAUUAACAAUGAGCUGUUUUGAGCCCAUUGUGCACAUCUAUGACCAUCAUGAAAACAAGUGGAAAAGCAGAGAUGUAACUCAUGAGUGUUUUGAGGACUGGAGCGAAGCACAGAAAAUCACAUCUGCUCUGUUAGAGGGCAGGUCGUACGAGAACUUGAUUGACUUUGACAAUCACUUGGAUGAUCUGAGGAACGACUGGACCAACCCUGUGAUCAACAAGUCCGUCCUGGAUCUGUGCUAAGAGAGUCGGUCCGGAGCACCAUGGACAUGAAGACCGAUGUUGCCGCCGUUUCAGCAUGCAUGAUGCUACCUAUCGUGUAGCACAGGAGUACGAAAAUGCUGAACGCAUGUUCACUGUUCCAUCAAAAGCCCCUCGUACUGAGGGCAACUUGCGGAGCAUUGACCGGUUAGGCCGAAAUCUCUCAAGGGCAAGCGCCAUAUGUGCACUGUUGGCAUGUGUCCGCCUUUGCAAGGUGAUGCUGAGGUGAUGGAGGCAAUUGUGUUUUUGACUGCAACUCAAUGUUUUCUUUUUCUGCAAUGGUUUGUGUUUAUUCAUAGUCGUGUGCAUAAAGUUAAAUUCUAGAGUCUUUGAUCUAUUUUUUCCUCUUAAAUUUUACAGCCAGUAGCCAUACAGAGAUCAAGUCCUAAAUUAUUAAAACAUUUAAGGAGAUGAUUGUACUACUGAAAUUGAUAAAGAUACAUGUUUUUAUGAAAUGCCUAGUUUGUUUAAAGCCCUGAAACAAAAUUCACAUGUAAACUGUACUCUGAAGACGUUUGUGGGCAGUUUGAUUAAACAUUAAACACAUAUUAAAAUAAUAAGAGUAUUUAGAUGACGUAGAACCACAGAGACAGGAAUCUUAAGUUUUGUCUUCUCUGACUGUAAAUCACAUGCUUUGAGUUCUGUAGAUGCACCAGUAAUAACGACAGGAUGAUUGACUUAAGAGCUUCAACUUUUAAAUUAUUAAUGCAAACAUUUCUAUGAUGUAUGGCUCCUGUUCUUGUCCCUGGUGUGCUUCAGAAUGUCAUUGUGGGUGAUACAUAUACACACGUUGGCGUUUUGGCUUCUUUUUCUGAGAUUUGUUCAGAAAUGCAACACGCUGAAUCUGAUUACAGGAAUGUGUGAAUUUUGUUUCAUGUUGGUUAUCUGUUGUAAGAAUUAGAUCAUAGUUUUUGUUCAUAUUUAAUUGCCCACUCUAAAUCCUACUAUUUAAUAAGUAAUGUAAAACAUUUAAAUACUUAACAUGAGGACUUAUCUUUGUAUUUGAGAUUAGAAUGAAUCAGUAAGAGCUAAUUACAUAAAUAAUUAUUGGAUGUCACAUUUUUUACAGAAAUUUUAUGAACUGAAUGUACAAUGAAACCAACUUUUGAAACUAA